UUUACACGGCUUACCUCAUUUUAUCGUUACUACAAUCCUAUGAAGUAGGAACUUUUAUAAACCUUAUUUUAUAAACAAGGCACAGAGAGGUUAAUUAACUUGCCCACUGGUCACACAGGUAGCAAGUGGGUAGAGAGAUUUACACAAGGCAUCCAUCUCCUGGCCCCACAUGCCCACCUGCUGUAACCCACACUGGGGGCCAACAGCUUCAAUUCAUAAAUGCACCCACUUCCCAGAAAGACAGCAGCUCCCGAGUCCCUUCUAUUUAGAAUUUCUUAAGCGGCGGGUCACCAGGCUGCAGUCUCCCCGCGGUCAGGGGUCCUGGUUGCACUCCGUGCUUUGCACAAGGCAGGCUAUCCAUUUUUGUUAAAUGCACGAACAGGGCUAAGCUGGGAAGUUCUUCCUGAGGUCUAUCUAACGUCUGGCUGUUUCCCCACAGAAGACCUCCUGCGGCCUGUGGCCACCAGGGGUCGCCGCAGCGCCCCCGUGCUGGAGGGCGGAGCGGGCCGCAGACCGGGAGCAGCAUGUGGACUCUCGGCCGCCGCGCAGCCGCCGGCUUCCUACUCUGGCCGUCGUCCCCCAGCCCGGCCCAGGCCCAGACCGUCACCCGGGCCCCGCGGCCGGGGGAGUUGGCCCAGCUCUGCGGCCGCCGCGGCCUGUACACCGGAAUCGCAGAGGCCUGCGCAUCCCGCCACGCCAGGUUGAAUCUUCGUGGCCUCAACCAGAUUCAGAAUGUCAAAAAGCAGAGUGUCUAUUUGGUGAAUUUGAGGAAAACGGGAACUUUGGGUCACCCAGGCUCUCUAGAUGAGACCACCUAUGAAAGACUAGCAGAGGAAACGCUGGACUCCUUAGCAGAGUUUUUUGAAGACCUUGCAGACAAGCCAUACACAUUUGAAGACUAUGAUGUUUCCUUUGGGAGUGGUGUCUUAACCGUUAAACUGGGUGGAGAUCUAGGAACUUACGUGAUCAACAAGCAGACGCCAAACAAGCAAAUAUGGCUAUCUUCUCCAUCCAGUGGACCCAAGCGUUACGACUGGACUGGGAAAAACUGGGUAUACUCCCACGACGGCGUGUCCCUCCAUGAGCUGCUGGCCGCAGAGCUCACUAAAGCCUUAAAAACCAAACUGGACUUGUCUUCCUUGGCCUAUUCCGGAAAAGACGCUUGAUACCCAGCCCAGUUUUAAUGACAUUAAAAGCUGUCAGGCCAAGACCCCAGCUUCAUUAUGCAGCUGAGGUCUGUUUUUCUGUCUUUUUUUUUUUUCCUGCUUUUGAGGACAAUUGGACUAUGUGUCACAGCUCUGUGGAAAGAAUGUGUUGCCUCUUACUUUGCCCCCAAGUUGUGAUUUUUAAUUUCUACGGAAGAUUUUUUUGGAUUGUCUGAUUUUCUCCCUCACAUGACAUCCCUUAUCUUUUAUAAUGUCUUAUGCCUCUACCUGAAUAUUUUUAAGGUUGUUAACCUUUAAAAAAGCAAAAUAAUAAGGAAAAAUUCCAGGAGAAGAAAUGAGUUGUCUUAACUUUUCAUUUUUUGAAGGAUUUACUGCAAGAAGUACAUGAAGAACAACUGGUCAACCUGCUCACUGUUCUGUCUCGAAAUGAGACACAUUAAAGUGUAGUCUACAAA